AUGCAAUUAAGAGCAGUCGCAGGUGAGGCGACUCGACGUCAUCUGGGACUGGCCCCGAGACUGGUCGGUGCUGCCACGGACGCCAAAGCCGGUGAGUUCCCGUACCAGGUGUCCCUGCGCGUCCACGGCAGGCACAAGUGCGGGGGUGCUCUGUUGAGCCGGCGAUGGCUCGUCACCUCGGCCCACUGCAUCUCGAAACACGACCUCGGCAGUUUCACGGUCGUCCUCGGCAGCAACAGCCUCGUCAGCGGUGGGGUGGCUUACCACGCCCGGGAGGCCCGGCUGCACCCGCGCUACGACAGCCGGGACCACAGGCACGACGUGGCUCUCGUCGGGCUGGGCGAGCCCGGGGCUGCGUACACUCCGGACGUGCGACCCGUCGGGCUGCCCUGGCGCGGUGACGACGACAUGGCUCCUGAGCUCGCGCUCACCGGUUGGCCCAGCGAUCGGUAUAACGAACAACAGCAGGGGAACAACGCCAGUUACUCGAUGAGCGGCCAUUACCAAUUGAAGGUUAUGCGGGUGCCGGUUGUCGGGAUCGACGAGUGCCGGGUGGCCUUUCCGAGCGUCACUGCCUCGAACAUUUGCACCCUGAGCCCGGUUUUGGGUCAAGGCACGUGCUAUGGGGAUGCCGGAAGUCCGCUGGUGGCUCAUGGAAUUUUGUACGCUAUUGCCUCUUGGGGCGUGCCGUGCGGCAUGGGCUACCCUGAUGUUCACACCCGCAUUUACGACCAAAUAGAUUGGCUCGAGGAUUUCGUUGAUGAGGGCGACGGCCGAGACGCGCAAUUAGCCGAUGGACUUUGA